CAAAAUCUUCCUCCUAUUUUUUUUUAAAAAAAGAAAGAGAGAAGCAGAAGGAUUGCUCCUCUUCUCUCUUUCUUUUUUGUUGUUGUAUUCUAUGAAAACGUAUCAACUAAUACUGUGUCUGAUUUGGCUACAUUCGUUUGUAGAAGCUGGUAUUUUCUUACAAGCGAAAAAUGCAGAGAUUAUUCAAGAUACAGUUUGGCUUUAUCCCAAUUCAACCUUAAUUCAGUCUGACAUGCCAUCACCACACAUAUUUGAUGUAGUCUAUCCAUUCGAUCAUGUCCCACUAGCACACCUGAAUGGUACAACAGCAGGCAUUUUAUACCAUAAAGCAGAUCCAUGUUCUAGUUUGAUCCAAUUGAAUAUAUCCAGUAUAGCACUCAUGAAGAAGAAGGAAGGUGGUGACUGUUCUCUAACUGAACGUAUUCUAAAUGCACAAAUGGAAGGUGCAUUAGGUGUCAUUGUCUAUGAUGCGAUACAAGAAAACAAUCCUGCAGAGGGAGUAUCUUUGAUAGACAAACAUAUCAAAAUACCUGCAUAUAACGUAGAUGCCAAUCUAGGCGCACAACUUGAGAAAAUCGUUUCUUUACCUCAAACAAAUACAUCUCGAAUCGCUGUUGUUCGUGUCACUUUAAUUCCUGCUCGUAAUACGCAUGCAACAGCUUGGGAGUUGACUUUAUUAGUCAUGAUUGUGAUAUUAGGCACAAGUGUGAUAUUUUCAGUGGCCAUGCAUAUCUAUAUGUGGAAAAAAGGACAACAGCUUCAACAGAGUGUCGAACGCCAUCCUAUUCAGCCUAACCUCAGAGACCUUUUGCCUAUGGGAAAGCCUUUGAUUGAUCUCUCAAGACUCCAUACGUUUCCUACCCGUACAGUGGAUUGUUUGCCUACGACUCAAGAUGACAGAAAACAAGACACAUUGGCCUUGGGUACUUGGCGAAAGACAUUAUUUAAAAAGCAUUCCAUAGUACACAUCCAUCAUGCGUCUCAGAACAAUGUAUGUGUUGUGUGUCUUGAAGCAUUCAAGAUAGGUGACCAACUACGUGAAUUACCUUGUCAUCAUGAAUAUCAUUGCGUAUGUAUAGAUCCAUGGUUGACUUCCAAGUCGGGUGAAUGUCCAAUUUGUAAAUUUGAUUGUUCGCUUGACAAUCAACAUGGACAAAAAGAAUUGGCUGUGAUGAGUCAUUGGUUUGAAUUGUUUAUGCCUUUAGCGAUGUUUAGGAGUCGAAAGAUAGGUCAAGCAGUUGAACUGCCAAUCAGUACACCUGUUAUCACUAUUGAACAACAGAACAGAUCUUUGGCUUCUCCUUCGCAUACAGAAACCACAGUACAGCCACAAGAAGCUCGCGGUUCUACUUCAACAGAAAUACAAGGAGCAGAAAACGUAUUACAACAACAACAACAACAACAACAAGAGGAAGAUCAGACUAUCAAUCUCAGAAAUAGUGUGGUUAGUUUACAAGGAACAAAUAGACAAUCUAUAUUAUCCAUUCGCCAGUCCAUGUUUAUAUCAAGACAAGACCCUGAACCUUCUCCAACUCAUGAAUUGAUGUCCACUUUAGAUAUAGGACAACUGCCACAGAUUGAUGUGUCUUCAUUUCACUCUUUGGACUUGGAAAAUAUCAUGAAAGAAUGUCUUGACAAAACACCAAAUACUUAUUUCUAAUGUUAGCACUAGCAUUUAAUAAACACUUUAGCGCCAUG